AUGGCACCACCUGUGAAAGUGGAAAUCCAGAUUGGCAAAGAAGAUAAAAUUGGCUUUCAAAUGUCAUUGCCUGGAAUCUGCAAGGCAGACACAGGAGUGGAACAAUGUGUGGACAGGAUGCUGUACUUUCCAGAGAAACAGCUGCAAAGAUGGAUAAUCCAUUCAUUCUGGGAGAAUAGUAUUAAGAAAGUAUUACUGUUCUUCCCAUUGCUAAGGUUAGUGAAGAAUAUUGAGUUUUUGCUGAACUUUGUGGUGAUAGCAGUUACCAAAUAUUCAAGGUUUCUAGUGACUGUAAAUGGGCUUAUUUGUGUUAAAAAGCCUCAUUUGGAUUCAAUGGAUGAAGAACUCUAUCACUUAAAUUUAGGAACUAAAACACACAACCUACCAGUGAUGUUUCGUGAUGUGAAGUUUGUCUGUGUUGGUGACAGCCCUUAUAGAAUGAAAGCUUUUGCUCAGCUCAUGCACAAUGAACUUGGACUUGAAGGAGAUGGGAAAGACUUGAAAGAUAUUUGUGCUGGGACAGAUCGGUACUCUAUGUACAAGGAUGGUCCAAAAUGGAAGUUUCAUGAACUAAUCAAAUUAUUAUACAAUGCAAAAUGCUGUGAUGUUACUAUUAUACGCAUCGGUACUUCUGGGGGCUUAGGCAUUGAACCUGGAACUAUUGUAAUAACACACACUGCAGUGGAUUCAUUUUUUAAGGCUCGCUUUGAACAGGUGAUACUGGAUAAUGUAGUUGUACGAAGCACAGAACUGGAUAAGGACCUUGCUGAGGAGCUACUGAACUGCAACCAUGAGAUUCAGAAAUUCCCAGCUCUUAAUGGGCAUACUAUGGGUACCUAUGACUUUUGAAGGUGAGGAGGACAAUUAGAUGGAGCAUUAUGUUUUUUCCAAAGAAAAAAGUUGGAGUACUUGAAAAGAGCUUAUGAUGGUGGUGUUAGAAAUAUUGAAAUGGAAUCAACAGUAUUUGCUGCUAUAUGUGGACUUUGUGGUCUUAAAGCUGCUGUUGUGUGGGGGGCACUCCUUAACUGACUUUAAGGUGACCAGAUCAAGGCAUCCCAUGAAGUUCUAGUAGAAUAUCAGCGAUGGCCUCAGCAGUGGAUCUCAAUUUUUAUCAAGAAGCGUCUUGGGUUAUAUAACCUAAUGGAAUUACUGGAUAAUGCCAUUUUCCUGAAUCACUAA